AUGGUGCAUCAAGGUCUUGUAAAGGAGGAGGUUUUCUCCUUUUGGCUUAACUGGGAUCCAGAUGCAAAAGAAGGUGGUGAGAUUGUCUUUGGUGGUGUUGAUCAAAAGCAUUUCAAAGGAAACCACACUUAUGCUCCAGUCACUGAAAAGGGUACUGGCAGGAGACAAGAUUCAAAGAAUAUGUGUAUGGCUAGUCUUGCUUUAGAGUUUCUCGAGGAUUUUUAUGUGGCUUUUCAAGGAGCAGAGGCUGAUGGCCCUUCAUUGGUGAAAUCAAUGACCUUACAUCAUGGUUCAAACAGUGCCCAUUUAUCUCUUCAUGGUUUUACUAACAGUUUCUUGUUAUGCAAUUUCUGCAAGUAG